AUGUCAUCACACAAGACCUUCAGGAUCAAGAAGAAGCUGGCCAAGAAGAUGAGGCAGAAUAGGCCUAUUCCUCACUGGAUCUGUAUGAGGACUAACAACACCAUCAGGUACAAUGCGAAACGCAGGCACUAGUGGCGUAUGAAGCUAGGGUUUUAAGGUCGAGGCAUCUGCUUGUUCAUGUUCUAAUCAAGCAUUUUUUGUUUACUUGUGAGACUCCAUUUGUAACGCCCCGAACCCUUAAAUUCGGGUUCGGUGCAUUAUACCUAAUAAAAUCUCUGAAAAUUCAUAAUUCA